GCCAUGCGGCGCGUAGCACGCGACAACUUUUAUAUUUUUUAUUAAAUUUUAAAUAAACUUACAUGUGUUCAAGUGUUGUGCAGUGUUUAUUACUAUUCCUCAUAUAUUUAAUAUACAUAUUAAAUAAUAAAUAAAUAUAUAAGUAGCCAGUGGAUUAACGAUCUGGUGAUCUCAUAGUUGGCGCCAACCAGACAAUUGGCGCCUACAUAAAAUUUUAAAAAACUUUUAAUAAAAUAUAUAAAUAAAUAUAUAUACAUAUAUAACAAGUGAAAGUUAUAAUAAUUAUAUCUGGAUAACACGAGAUAAAAAUGGAGCGAAUUAUUCCCUGACACUUAACUCCCAUUAAUCGGACAUUGUCUUUAUUUUUUUUAUUGUCAAUAAGAAUUUUUAUUAUCAAUUAAAUUUUGUCCUCGAGACAACUGUUACAGACUAUUUUAUUUAAUAAUAUUAGUACUUAAAAAUAAAAAAGCCACAAUGACAACGAUGGGCGUGACUGUUUAUUGCAACCGCGUGCAGAUCAACGGUGACCAAGAGCAAUUAAUGUUACUACGCACACUGCAGGACAAUGAGAGUAACAUUUUAGGGAGCUCACCUCAUCUGAUUGUACAGAAGGGUCUUAAUCACUCAAAUAAUAAUAAUAAUCAUCAUAGUAAUAUUGUCUUACCGCCUUAUGACCCCACUAGACUGAAGAAGCACGGGAAAAAUGGCCAGCCGCCUCCAGUUGCCGUUGCCAAACGAAAUGCACGUGAGCGCAACAGAGUAAAACAAGUAAACAAUGGAUUCGCUACUCUAAGACAGCACAUACCCAAUCAUAUUGCCGCGGGGUAUGGAGACCGCGGGAAAAAAUUAUCUAAAGUCGAAACUUUGAGGAUGGCCGUUGAGUACAUCCGCGGGUUACAGAGAUUGCUCGCCGAAGCGGAUGGUGUCGAGUAUGACGCGGGUAAUAAUCACAAUAUACCUUCACCAAGUAGCAGUAUCGUGUCUGGACACAAUGGAUCUGGUGAAAGAAUUGUUUUUGAAGAUGAAGGGAAUAAUGAGGAUGAUGAUCAUCAUAACCAAGAUGACGACGAUGACUCCCGUGUUACUCGGCUAUCGCCGGUGGUCGCGACGUCGCCGAAGGACUUGUACCAGUCGACGGGAGAUGAAGAAAAUUUGGAGCCAACGGGAGUUUUGGCGCAGACAGUUGUGCAAACUUUUUCGCGAAAUUUACCGUCGCCCGCGACUGAGUAUUAUCAGAAUGAGGAAAAUCUAGAGCCACAGAUCCUGUCACCGUACAGCGGAGCUGGAGACAGCGAGGAAGGUGGAACCAUUUACGCGGCGAGUCCCGAGGGAUUCUCGGGGGCACUUUAUUACAAACAAGAGAUCACGGAGAACGGGGAGUUCAUGGAUGUUGUAAGCUGGUGGGAACAGGAACAGGGAAGACUGGUGCAUCACACCCAGCCACAUGCCCAACGGCUUACCCAUGUCUGAUUUUAAAAGUACCCACAAACCUAAACCGAUGCAGAUACAAGUAUACGAGAUAAAUCUAAAGAAUCUGAAAAAAUGGACCAAAUAAGAUGUUUACUGCUCAUAUAUAUAAUAAGAAUAAGGAAAAAUUUUAUUUAAAUCCGGGUCAUAUUGUAAGAAAUUAAAAACGCCCGCAUAGUCAUCACUGUCUUUGUGAUUUAAAAGCAACUGUCAACUAUUUUUAACGUUACAUAUUCAAAUUAAAAAGUUAUUAACGCUCGUAUCGCAUAUUCAUACUGUCAUAUAUAUUCAAAUAUAUAUCAUGAGUAAGUCUGUGCCUUGUGUCAAUAAAAGUUUCUCUGCUGAUAAAUUUUUUAACGUAACAAUAUUAUUUAUUAUUUUCAUAUAGUUAAUAAAUAAUUAAAUAAAUUAUAAAUAUUUAUGGAUUUAUAUUAAAAAUAAAAAUAAAUAAACGCCAAAUGAUAUUAAUAAAAUUAGUUAAAUAAUAUUUAAAAAGCGUCAUAAUUGUCGCGUGAUCUAAUCAGGUUAAUUAGUGCCUUUGUGUGGUAAUGCCGCUAUAAAAAAAAAUAUAUAUAUAUAUUAUAUUUUGUCGAAAAAAUAACAAUAAUAUGAGACAAUAACUUUGCGAUAAAAGCAUUUAUAUAAAGA